AUGAACUUUUCAUCAGACUUUAUUAACAUUUCAAACGAGAUUGAGUCUUUUAACAAUACUCUAAAUGAAAUGUUGUCUGUUUGGAAUGAUCCAAAUGUUGUACCUCAAAAUAAUGUAGUCAACAAGAAUAAUAAUAAUAGUAUUAAUAAUAAUAAUAAUAUGAUGUCUUUAAAUAGUUCACAACAAUUAGAGGCAAAUAUUAAUUUAAUACUCAAUAAUAAUAAUAAUAAUAAUAAUAAUAGUACCAAUAGUAAUAAUACUACAACCAAUACUACAAUAUUCAAACAGUCACAACCAAAUCAUGGUAGAUCAUUCCUAGUCAGUAGUAAUUCACAUUUGGAGAGCUUCUUGCUUGACAAUCCAUCUCUUUUCCAAAGCGACGAUGCUAUUGGCAAGAUGUCCAAGGUUAUCAACGAGAUCAACAGAGAGUCAAAGGGCUUCCAACCAGUUGAGAUUGUCCCACUCAAGAACUUUUCUACUGCUGCCCCCUCCACCGAACAACAACCAUCCUUGCCAUCAUUCUCCUCCAUUCCAUCGUUUUCUCUCGACACUACCAAACUCGAAGAGUUAAAGACCGACCUUUCCUUCCUCGACCCAAUCCUCUCUAUUCCAUACGCCAAUCAUAACAACAUGCUCCCAAUAUUAAAUAAUAAUCAACCAACAACAAUGAAUAUCAUUCCAACUCCUCAACUACAACAACAACAACAACCACAACAACAACAACAACAAGAACCAAUUUAUAAUAUUGAUUAUAAUCAAAAUAAUAAUAAUAAUAAUAUUCAAAAUGAUAUGAUUGAUUAUAUUAUGCCAAUUAAACAAGAGAAUAAUAGUGGUCCAAUUAGACAUGCCAAUCAAUUUGAUCGUUCACCAGUUCAACCAGACUCGACUAUGGUCACCUUGUCCACUGCUCAAUUGUCAUCGUUUACAUCGAUGGAGAUGGAAGACUAUGCCACAGCCAGUAGUGUCGGAAAGAACUUGUCAACCUCUGAGAGAAAGGAUAUUAGACGUCAAAAACGUCUCAUCAAAAAUAGAGAGUCUGCCCAUCUUUCGCGCCAACGCAAGAGAGAACGUCUCACCGAUCUCGAACACCACGUCGAAGAGCUCACUCAAAACUCGUCAAAGUUGACAGGUCUUCUUGGUGGCCUCGAAAACGAGAACCUUGUCCUCAACGCCGAGGUCAGUCAAUUGGUCGAUGUCAUUAAAGAUUCUCCAGUCCUCUCUGCUCUCUUUGUCCAUUCCACCUUUGGAUCACUUAGAAACAAUCAACCAUAUAGAAGAGAAGUACAAGUUACUCUCUAA